AUGGUUUCCCGCACUAUUCCCCGCCUGGCCGGAUUCGUGUUCCGUGAGAACCGCGUCCCUUACUACCAGCGCCUGUACCAGCGUCACGACGGCACUCGCCUAUGGUGGAAAUCCCCCCGUAGCGGCUUCGUUCUGUACCCCUACUUCAUCUCGGUUUAUGGCCUGGGCGCUGCUACUCUAUAUGCCAUGUGCCGUAUGGUUCUUGGCCACAAGACCUGGUUCGGCAAGGAGUAG